UCUCCCUCACUACUGCCCUGUGCAUUCAUUUGGCUGCCUUCCUGCUCUCUGUCCAUUCUGCCUUUCUCUCACUCAACUCAUUUACUCCAACCAAAAUGAGCACGCUGCAAAGCUAUUCUGUGCGUUCGUCUGGGCCCCUGGCUCAGGUGUCCAUCCAGCGCAGCUCUGUGGUGCCCGCUUUCCGGGCAGCCAGCAUCUAUGGUGGAGCUGGUGGCAAGGGCACUCGUAUCUCCUCAGCCUCCUAUAGUGGUGUGCAGAGUGGGCUGGGAUCUUCUUCCCUGUCCAGCUCUUUCCAAGUAAGUGCCUCUGGGGCCACAGGAGAGAUCAUGGGCAACGAGAAGAUGGCCAUGCAGAACCUGAACGACCGUCUGGCCUCCUACCUGGAUAAGGUUAGGACCCUGGAGAAGGCUAACAGCAAGCUGGAGGUGCAGAUCCGAGAGGCUCUGGAGAAGCGAGGCCCUGAUGUACGUGAUUACAGCCGCUAUCAAGCCAUCCUGGAUGACCUGCGCAAAAAGGUCUUUGAUGCUACUGUGGAUAAUGCCCGACUUGUGCUCCAGAUCGACAAUGCUCGCCUGGCAGCUGAUGACUUCAGAGUGAAGUAUGAGGCUGAGCUGUCCAUCCGGCAGUCAGUGGAGGCUGAUAUUGUUGGUCUGAGGAAGGUCAUCGAUGAUACCAACAUAGGUCGCAUGAACCUGGAGAGUGAGAUUGAGGCCCUCAAGGAGGAGCUCAUCCACCUCAAGAAGAACCAUGAAAAUGAGGUAAUGGACCUGAGAAACCAGAUUGCUCAGUCAGGAGUGCAGGUGGAUGUUGAUGCUCCUAAGGGACAGGAUCUGGCUCAGAUCAUGGGGGAGAUCAGAGCCAAGUACGAGAAGAUGGCCCAAAAGAACCAGGAGGAACUCAAAGCCUGGCACGAGUCACAGAUCCAAGAAGUACAGGUACAAGUCACACAGAACACAGAGGCCCUGCAGAGUGCACGAACAGAAGUCAACGACCUCCGCAGACAGAUUCAGACACUAGAGAUCGAGUUGGAGUCACAAAAGAGUCUGAAAGCUUCGCUGGAAGGCACACUGCGGGACACGGAGAUGCGGUACAACAUGGAAAUCGAGAAUCUGAAUUCCGUCAUCCUGCAGUUGGAGGCUGAGUUGAUGCAUCUGCGCAACAACAUCCAGCAGCAGACACAGGAGUACGAAGCUCUUCUCAACAUGAAGAUGAAGUUGGAGGCUGAGAUUGCCACCUACAGAAGACUUCUGGAUGGCGAAAACUUCAAGCUCGAGGAUGCUGUUGAUGAACAGAAAAAGGUUAAAGUGAUGACCGUCACACAGACCCUUGUGGAUGGAAAAGUGGUGUCCUCAACCACAGAGACCAAGGAGAGGAAGUUGUAAUCAGUCACCAAGCCCUCACCAGCAACACAACACUAACAACUCAUGAGCCUGUACUGACAACCAUUCACACAGUGGGUGGUGUGGAAAAGUUAUUUAUUAUAUCCCUAGUGCCUUAAUUCAAUUGGGUCAGUGCUAAUAUAUUUUAGUAUGAAUUAAUUUUAUGGGAAGCAUAUCUAAAGCUACAGGAAUCAAAAGCAAUGUUAAUAGCAUACAAUAUUUUUGAACAUCACAGAUAUUGUGUACGUUGUUCACAAUGUGUACAGUUUCUUAUUUGCUUGUUGUGUUGUGUCCAUCUGAUCAUGUCCAAUAAAUUCAUGUCUCAUUGUUA